AUUCAUUCUUCUUGUGGCAGAGCAUCAAUAUGGCAAUUGUUGCAGAAAAUGUGGCAUUAGAGGGGAGAUUCAGAGCAAAGGUGAUCUGUUUUAUUCUUGGAGUCGGAUCUUUAAUCCCAUUGAACAAUAUGUGGACAAUGGGGGACUACUACUACCAAGUAUUUCCGACAUAUCAUCCUAUGAGAACAUUCACAAUAGUUUAUCAGCCAUUUGCGCUUAUAACGACACUGAUAUUGGCUCACUAUGAGUCAAGGAUCAAUACUAGGCUGCGGAACUUGUAUGGAUAUUCACUUUUCUUUGCUUUGUCUUUGCUCGUUCUUGUUUUGGAUCUAGCAACAUCUGGGAAAGGAGGAAUUGGAACUUUUGUCAGUUUAUGCUUACUUUUUGCGUGUUUUGGAAUUACGCACGCUAUUGUUCAAGGUGGCGUCUGUGGAGAGCUAUCUUUUAUGUGUCCUCGGUUCAUUCAGGCCUUUAUUAGUGGAAUAAAUGCCUCUGGAGUUGUAGCUUGUGGUCUAAGACUUUUCACCAAAUACUAUUUUGAGAAGUUACACAACGGCCUUCGCAAAGGGGCUUUGCUAAGUCUAGCCAUAUCCACAAUCUUUGAGCUUUUGAGCAUCAUUAUGUAUGAAAUUUAUUUUCCAACGCUGUCCAUAGUAAAAUACUACCGUUCAAAGGCAGCCUUAGAAGGAGCAAACACAGUUUUAGAUGAUCUUACUGCAGCCGGCAUACAAAAUGUUAAGACAAACCAUGAAGUUGGAGUUGGUGCUACUCAACAAGAAUGGUUAAGCCACAAGAAACUAUUUUGUCAGAACAUUGAAUAUUUUUUUGGUUUAUUCAUGAUAUAUGUAUUAACCCUGUCCAUUAUGCCCGGAUUCUUGUAUGAAGAUACUGGAGUGCACAACCUAGGAACCUGGUAUCCACUUGUUUUGAUGACCAUGUAUAACAUUAUGGAUCUGGUAUCAUCCUACAUUCCACUCAUUGAAGUCUUGAAGCUGGAAUCUAGAAAGGGUUUACUAGUUGUUAUUUUUUCUAGAUUCUUAUUGAUCCCGGCAUUUUUCUUCACGGCAAAAUAUGGUGCCCAAGGUUGGAUGAUCCUAGUAGUAUCCUAUUUAGGACUAACCAAUGGUUAUCUUACUGUUUGUGUAUACACAGUGGUACCUCGAGGAUAUACGGGUCCUGAACAGAAUGCCCUGGGUAAUUUGCUUGCAUUGUGCCUUCUAAGUGGUAUAUUUGUAGGAGUUGCAAUUGGUUGGCUGUGGCAAAUUGGAAAGUCAUAUCAAGGUUGAAGGUGAAGUUUCUACCUGUGAUUUUUUUUUGUACUAAUUGUUGAAACUCACUUCAAAAAAGAGAUAAUUCGUAGUGACAAUGGGACUGAGUUCUUUUCGGCCAAGGGGAUAACUUAUCAGAGAAGGCAUGUAGCUACGCCUCAGCAGAAUGGUAGAAUUGAAAGUCAUGCCUAAAUUUUCAAGCUUAGUUACCUAAGCUCUACUGGUCCUAUUCAGGACAGUAUGCAAUGUACUUAAUUAAUAAUAAGAUUCCUACUACCAAAUGAGAUUUUGUACAACAAGGCUCAUGAUCUUAAUUUUAUGAGAACAUUUAGCUGCUUGAGUU